AGGAGAAAGUCAUUCGAUUCUCUGGUCUCUGAUCGUGCAUAUCCCUUCGUAGGAAUUUCGAAAAUACCUUCACUGAAAAUGCUGUUUAAGGGUCUUCUUCUCCUUUCCAUCGCCGCUGUAGCCUUGGCUCAGUACGGACACGGAUACGGUGCUCCUGCUCCCGCAUACGGUCACAAUGACUAUGCUCAACCCAUCCCCUACCAAUAUGGCUUCGACAUCGUAGGAGGAGAUCACCACACCGGAGACUUCAAACAGACCCGACAAGAGCAAGGUGAUGGACACGGCAAUGUCCAAGGAAGCUACAGCUACGUCGAUGCUCACGGAAUCUCCCGACAGGUCGACUACGUCGCUGACGGACACGGAUUCAGAGCUCAAAUCAAAACCAACGAACCUGGAACUGACAACCAGAGCCCCGCUGAUGUUGAGCUCCACGCCCAACCCGCCCAGGUCCAUGCCCCAGCACCCGCUUACGGAUAUUCAGCCCCAGCUCCCCGACGACACCACUAAGUCAGAAACAACUCAGGUAUUCAUCUCACAGACUUCAUCAAAGAAAAAAUAGUCGAUAAAUUAAAGCAUCUCUUUACAAGAAUUGAUGCAUUUGUCUUCAAAAGGUAGAUGAAAAUCUGCCCUAUUGAGCUCAAAAAUUAUUUAUUAUGUAAUAAACAAUUUCGUCAUAAAAAAAAACCACGCAACAUGCCAAAUUUAUUUAUUUAGUUAGUUUAUUGUGAAAUAUAUGUGUAUGUAUUUUGUAGUUGAAUAGUUCAGAAUAAAUAAAUUAUUUCUUACAAAAAA